CCCGAACGCUUUAAUGGCGAGCAGAUGCCGCUGGGAAGUACACAAGCGCUACAGUACCAGCGACGAUACCAGAGCGAGGCGAGCGGAUUCCCCGCUCGGAGCGAACAGGAGUGGCAGGACGUUGAUCCGCAGUCUCCGGCGUUCACGCGCGUAUUGCAAGGCACCACGCCGCGUAACGUGGAGGAGGACAAGACGGACACGAGUCGAGAUCCGUCCACAGACAACGGAGACUCGAGUGGGAAUAACUCGCUUGAGCCGCAGCAAUGGAGCGAGGCGGAAGGGAACAACCGUCCGUCGUCUGCUGGAGAUCUCGGCAGGGAGAACCAAGGCGACGUCCAGUGCCGCGUGAGCUGGUGUGAACACGUAGGCCAGCGCUACGGACUGUGCUGGGCCCACGGCGGCGUCAAGAAGUGCUGCCACCGCAACUGCCCCAAGAUCGCGCUUGCCACGGGCGAGUUCUGCUCCCUCCACGAGCGCGAGGUCAGCGCCAACUCGUUCUAAAUCCCCACGCGUAAGGUAAUCUCCGAGUCCUCGCGAAAUGGACGCU